CUGGCAAUUCUGUCCUGAUCGACGAACAAAUGAAAUACGGCAACGUCACGUACGUUAGUGAGUAGGGGAGAUUACACAGCUCAAUCUUUCGGCGUCUCCAAUAAUUCGUAAAUUUUCUAAUUGUAAUUUUAAUUUGUGAUAAUAAUGGCAGACAAUAGGAGCCCGGAUGAUCUGUCGACUGCGAUCCUGCGCCGCAAGGACAGACCAAACCGCCUGAUUGUCGAAGAAUCUACCAGCGAUGAUAACUCUGUCGUCUCCCUCUCACAGGCUAAAAUGGAACAGCUCCAACUGUUCCGUGGUGACACCGUGCUCCUUAAAGGCAAGCGGCGCAAGGAGACCGUCUGUAUUGUGUUGUCGGACGAGAACUGUCCCGAUGAGAAGAUUCGCAUGAACCGCGUGGUCCGGAACAAUCUCCGUGUGAGGUUGUCAGAUGUGGUGUCUAUUGCACCAUGCCCGUCUGUCAAGUACGGCAAGCGGGUGCAUAUACUGCCUAUUGAUGACUCCGUCGAGGGACUGACUGGAAAUCUCUUCGAAGUCUACCUGAAGCCCUACUUUAUGGAGGCGUACCGCCCCAUCCAUCGCGACGACACGUUCAUGGUUCGCGGCGGUAUGCGCGCCGUGGAGUUCAAGGUCGUGGAGACGGACCCGUCGCCAUAUUGCAUCGUGGCUUCAGAUACCGUCAUACAUUGCGAGGGCGAGCCUAUCAAACGCGAGGAGGAAGAGGAAGCCCUCAACGCUGUCGGCUACGACGACAUCGGCGGCUGCCGCAAGCAGCUGGCGCAGAUCAAGGAGAUGGUGGAGCUGCCCCUGCGCCACCCCUCGCUGUUCAAGGCCAUCGGCGUCAAGCCCCCGCGAGGCAUCCUCAUGUACGGCCCGCCUGGUACCGGGAAGACGCUCAUCGCCCGCGCUGUGGCCAACGAGACUGGUGCUUUCUUCUUCCUAAUCAACGGUCCCGAAAUCAUGUCGAAGCUUGCCGGCGAGUCUGAAUCCAACCUGCGCAAAGCCUUCGAAGAGGCUGACAAGAAUUCGCCUGCCAUCAUCUUCAUUGACGAGUUGGACGCCAUCGCGCCGAAGAGAGAGAAGACUCACGGAGAGGUGGAACGCAGGAUCGUGAGCCAGCUGCUCACGCUUAUGGACGGCAUGAAGAAAUCGUCGCACGUGAUCGUAAUGGCCGCCACCAACCGGCCGAACUCGAUCGACGCGGCGCUGCGCCGCUUCGGCCGCUUCGACCGCGAGAUCGACAUCGGCAUCCCCGACGCCACCGGCCGCCUCGAGAUCCUGCGCAUCCACACCAAGAACAUGAAGCUGGGAGAUGACGUGGAUCUAGAACAGAUCGCCGCCGAAUCCCACGGCCACGUCGGCGCUGACCUGGCGUCUCUGUGCUCGGAAGCGGCGCUGCAGCAGAUCCGCGAGAAGAUGGACCUCAUCGACCUCGAGGACGACCAGAUCGACGCCGAGGUGCUCAACUCGCUGGCCGUCAGCAUGGAUAACUUCCGGUACGCGAUGACGAAGUCGUCCCCGUCGGCGCUGCGCGAGACCGUGGUGGAGGUGCCCAACGUGACGUGGACCGACAUCGGCGGCCUGCAGUCCGUCAAGCGCGAGCUGCAGGAGCUGGUGCAGUACCCCGUGGAGCACCCCGACAAGUUCCUCAAGUUCGGCAUGCAGCCCAGUCGCGGCGUGCUGUUCUACGGCCCGCCCGGCUGCGGUAAAACCUUGCUGGCCAAGGCAAUUGCUAAUGAAUGCCAGGCGAACUUCAUCUCAGUGAAAGGCCCAGAGCUGCUCACUAUGUGGUUCGGUGAAUCUGAGGCCAAUGUGCGAGAUAUCUUUGACAAGGCCCGCUCGGCGUCGCCGUGCGUGCUGUUCUUCGACGAGCUGGACUCCAUCGCCAAGUCGCGCGGCGGCUCCGUGUCGGACGCCGGCGGCGCCGCCGACCGCGUCAUCAACCAGAUCCUCACCGAGAUGGACGGCAUGGGCGCCAAGAAGAACGUCUUCAUCAUCGGCGCGACGAAUCGUCCCGACAUCAUCGACCCGGCUAUCCUGCGGCCGGGCCGCCUGGACCAGCUCAUCUACAUCCCUCUGCCGGACGAGAAGUCGCGCGAGGCCAUCCUGCGCGCCAACCUGCGCAAGUCGCCCAUCGCCAGGGACGUGGACCUGCUCUACAUCGCCAAGGUGACGCAAGGCUUCAGCGGCGCGGACCUGACGGAGAUCUGCCAGCGCGCGUGCAAGCUGGCCAUCCGGCAGGCCAUCGAGACCGAGAUCACGCGCGAGCGCGCCCGCCAGCAGCAGCAGGCCGGCAUGGACAUGGACGAGGAGGACCCGGUGCCGGAGAUCUCGCGCGCGCACUUCGAGGAGGCGAUGAAGUUCGCGCGCCGCUCCGUGUCCGACAACGACAUCCGCAAGUACGAGCUGUUCGCGCAGACGCUGCAGCAGUCCCGCGGCUUCGGGACCAACUUCCGGUUCCCGACCAGCGCCGGCGCCGGCGGCGGCACGGGCACGUCGGGCGGCGACCAGCCCACCUUCCAGGAGGAGGGGCAGGACGACGACCUCUACAGCUAAGCCACCAGCGGCUGCCCCGCCUCACUACAGUCGGUGAGUGUACGGUACCCGACCAGCCCACCUUCCAGGAGGAGGGGCAGGACGACGACCUCUACAGCUAAGCCACCAGCGGCUGCCCCGCCUCACUACAGUCGGUGAGUGUACGGUACCCGACCAGCCCACCUUCCAGGAGGAGGGGCAGGACGACGACCUCUACAGCUAAGCCACCAGCGGCUGCCCCGGCUCACUACAGUCGGUGAGUGUACGGUACCCGACCAGCCCACCUUCCAGGAGGAGGGGCAGGACGACGACCUCUACAGCUAAGCCACCAGCGGCUGCCCCGGCUCACUACAGUCGGUGAGUGUACGGUACCCGACCAGCCCACCUUCCAGGAGGAGGGGCAGGACGACGACCUCUACAGCUAAGCCACCAGCGGCUGCCCCGCCUCACUACAGUCGGUGAGUGUACGGUACCCGACCAGCCCACCUUCCAGGAGGAGGGGCAGGACGACGACCUCUACAGCUAAGCCACCAGCGGCUGCCCCGCCUCACUACAGUCGGUGAGUGUACGGUACCCGACCAGCCCACCUUCCAGGAGGAGGGGCAGGACGACGACCUCUACAGCUAAGCCACCAGCGGCUGCCCCGCCUCACUACAGUCGGUGAGUGUACGGUACCCGACCAGCCCACCUUCCAGGAGGAGGGGCAGGACGACGACCUCUACAGCUAAGCCACCAGCGGCUGCCCCGGCUCACUACAGUCGGUGAGUGUACGGUACCCGACCAGCCCACCUUCCAGGAGGAGGGGCAGGACGACGACCUCUACAGCUAAGCCACCAGCGGCUGCCCCGGCUCACUACAGUCGGUGAGUGUACGGUACCCGACCAGCCCACCUUCCAGGAGGAGGGGCAGGACGACGACCUCUACAGCUAAGCCACCAGCGGCUGCCCCGCCUCACUACAGUCGGUGAGUGUACGGUACCCGACCAGCCCACCUUCCAGGAGGAGGGGCAGGACGACGACCUCUACAGCUAAGCCACCAGCGGCUGCCCCGGCUCACUACAGUCGGUGAGUGUACGGUACCCGACCAGCCCACCUUCCAGGAGGAGGGGCAGGACGACGACCUCUACAGCUAAGCCACCAGCGGCUGCCCCGGCUCACUACAGUCGGUGAGUGUACGGUACCCGACCAGCCCACCUUCCAGGAGGAGGGGCAGGACGACGACCUCUACAGCUAAGCCACCAGCGGCUGCCCCGGCUCACUACAGUCGGUGAGUGUACGGUACCCGACCAGCCCACCUUCCAGGAGGAGGGGCAGGACGACGACCUCUACAGCUAAGCCACCAGCGGCUGCCCCGGCUCACUACAGUCGGUGAGUGUACGGUACCCGACCAGCCCACCUUCCAGGAGGAGGGGCAGGACGACGACCUCUACAGCUAAGCCACCAGCGGCUGCCCCGGCUCACUACAGUCGGUGAGUGUACGGUACCCGACCAGCCCACCUUCCAGGAGGAGGGGCAGGACGACGACCUCUACAGCUAAGCCACCAGCGGCUGCCCCGCCUCACUACAGUCGGUGAGUGUACGGUACCCGACCAGCCCACCUUCCAGGAGGAGGGGCAGGACGACGACCUCUACAGCUAAGCCACCAGCGGCUGCCCCGCCUCACUACAGUCGGUGAGUGUACGGUACCCGACCAGCCCACCUUCCAGGAGGAGGGGCAGGACGACGACCUCUACAGCUAAGCCACCAGCGGCUGCCCCGGCUCACUACAGUCGGUGAGUGUACGGUACCCGACCAGCCCACCUUCCAGGAGGAGGGGCAGGACGACGACCUCUACAGCUAAGCCACCAGCGGCUGCCCCGGCUCACUACAGUCGGUGAGUGUACGGUACCCGACCAGCCCACCUUCCAGGAGGAGGGGCAGGACGACGACCUCUACAGCUAAGCCACCAGCGGCUGCCCCGGCUCACUACAGUCGGUUUCGACCUUUUUCGGACUUCGACUGCAGUACCCGGGGCGUCUUAACAAACACGCGCGGGGCGCGUCCCACACGUACCAGGCCGGCAGCACACACACACACACACAUACACACAGCGAGACGAGGCCGGCUCCGCCCGCGCUCCAGUUCCAGGACUGACUUAUACUUAAGAUUAUCGGUGAACCACGUCCGUACGGGUGUAGCGGAUCCCGGGUUGCGGAAAUGUCUAUAAUGUCUAUAUUAAAUUCCAAUAUGUAUUCCCGAUUGGGUAUAAGUGUAUUUAUUUUGUCGAUCGAUUGAUAGCAUUUCUUUGUGUUCGGAUUCGCUUGUGUUUAGUUGUAAUUUGAAUAAUGUAGGCUCGCGGAGCCGUUAAGAUCAUAAUGAUAUAGUAUAAUUAUAAUUGUUAACUGUAUGGCAGAUCCUGUGCGUAGGCGACUAUUACACAAUAUCGCAGUGAUUUUUUAAUAAAAGAUUUUUAUAGACCAA